AUGCUGGGCAAAGUGAGAUUGUUUUUUUAUUUUCAUUCUCGUAUUCACCUUUGGAAAUUUAACACAUCGGACGAUUCUCGGUUAACUCGAAUACUAAAAGUGAGUACAAAACACAAAUAUGUAGAUUAAUAUAUCGAAUGGGUACCUGUAUUAUAGGUACCUAUAAUAAGUAUAUAAUAUUAUAGAUAGAGGUAGUAUUGCAUUUAUUAUAAAUAUUAUACAUGUGCCGUGCGCCAAAAUGUAGGUAUACUUGCACUUUUUUUCAAGCUAUUUUUCGUCCUUACAAUUAUCAAUUAUGGACGACGUUCUAAAAUCAAUAGAUUAUAUAGAAAUCUAAUGAAUUGCAAUACUCCAUAAAUGGACGUUUAUAGUAAUCACAAAAAGUAAUUUAAAAUGUAUAAUACAUGCUAUAUCGUUUUAUAAUAAUAUACACGAUUUAAUUAGUUAAUUAUUAUUGUUAUUUUAAUUAUACGAUUAAUUUUUGAUUAUCAAUUAUCGAUAUUCGCUUGUACCUAUUUAUUAUAUUAUAUAUAUCAUACAUUUAGGUUCAAAUUGUAAUUAUAUCCGACUUAAAAAAGGAGGUUAUCAAUUAUUCGACAAUUUUGUAUGUACCUAUUAUAAUACGUAUAUUACCUCAUAUUCCAACUGCAUUUUUAAACCAAUUUAGAUAUAAUUAUUUUAGAUUCUGAAUGGCGCGAUAAAGCUAAUUAAUUUUACAAAAAUUAAUUUUUAUACCUUGGAAGAUGAUUUUUCAGUUCGUAAAAAUAAAAAUGCUUCAGAAUUUUCACACCAUACCUUGAAAGUUAAUAUGUACAGAUUUUCCCUCCGGUUAAAUAAAUAAGUACCUACUGCAUUUAUUUGAAACAUUUUUCAAGAUUACCAACCGUUUUUCUAAACAGUUCAAAUAAACUAAUAAUGUAAACGAUAGUAUAAAAUUACACCGGUAAUGGACAAAAUUGAUUUGGCUUUUAGGUCUGAUUUUUUUUAUUAUUGAGGUGGAAAGAUCAGAGAUAUUAAAAUACUUAAAUUUUGGUUUUUAGAAUUUUUUUUUUCUGCGUUUCUUUAAUUAUCCCGAUCUAAUCUAAUGAUCUAAUGAUUGUGUACUAGUAAUAAUACAAUAAAAUAUAAAACGUGACAAUUUAAGAUAAAUUAAAUAUAAUUUAAGAUAAUUUUAUUUAGAAAAUUAGAGGUAUCAAUAGUCAAUAUAUCAAUUAAAUGGUUUAACAAUGCAUGUUAAAUAAAUUUAUAGAGUAAUUAUCAAAAUUAAUGAUUAAAGAAUAUUAUUAUAAACGAAUAUCUAAAUGUGAGUUUAAUUAUAAUUAUAAAUUAUGCUAUUGAGUAAACUUUCACAUUUUUUAGUCCAUUAUUUGUUUGUUUAGUUAAGGUAUACAUUAAAAUAAUAUUUUAAUUACAAUAUACUUAUCUAAAUUUAUUAAAUAUGUUAUUUUAUUUCAUUUUAACUUGUUAAUCAUUUAUAAUUGGCUAAAAAUGCAUUCACCAUAUUCUUUCACUUCAUAAAUUGUUAUAUCUGGUCCCAAUGAAAAAGGGGUUUAGUCAAUUGUUGGAAUUUUUUCCCCUUUAUUUGUCGGUCUAAAUGGCAUACGUAUAUACGUACAAAAUUUAAUUUACUUGUAUUGAAAACUACAAAAUUAACUUAAGUUUUUCUUCCCUGUAGGGACCAGUGUUCAAUUUUUUUCUCUUUUGUUUUUUCAUACUUAGAUUUUAAAGCAUUUAAUUAUACCCAGGAACACUUUCGUUGACACUGUCUUUAUUUGUACAACACAGUGGUUUUUUAUUGUUAUCCGAAAUUCGAAUUCGCUUAUUGAUCCAGAUCAAUCUAGAUCUGGAUCUAGUGAAAUAAUAUAAAAAAAACCUUCAGUAUAAACCUAUGUCCAGAAUUCCAGACGUCCCAUAGAUAAGGAAUUUGUCGGUAUAUUGUCAACUACUUUUUCUAGACCCCUACUAAAGCUAGAGACUACCCUAAAAUUAUGUUUGUUUUAUUAUUAUUAUUAUUUCUUUUAUUAACAUGGUAAAUUCAAUAGAGAUUCUAAUAAUGUUGUUGUUAGCAAAAUAAUUUGUACAUUUGUUUUUGUUGUGAAAUUAAUUACUUAAUUUAUUUCCCUAUGUAGGGAUUUUGAGGAACGAUAAAACAAUGGUUUCUGUUUUAAUCUUUUUCCCAAUUCGAGCACUGGCUGAGACCAAAAAUGUAUAGUUUAAAUAUAUUUUUAUUAUAGAAUAUUUUUGGUACGGAGAAAGAAAUUGAAAGGAAAAAAAUAAUUUUAUAUUUUUGUCUAUUAAUAAAUUGUAUGGAAUGUAUAUAAUUUACGAUUUUUUUUUGAAGAACUUUUACAUAGUUUUAAUCUUUCAUAAUUUCAUCAAAAUGUCAGUAUUUUUAUUAUAUAUUUUUUUGUUUCAUAACAUUUUUUCAACAACUUAUCGCUCCAUGUAGAAACUGAAAAAAAACCUGCAAUUUACGAAAUUAGGGAGCACGAAAAUCUUUUUUUUUCUAUAAAUAAUUUAAUGAUUUAUUGCAAAGUCGACGCCCUCGGGUAUUAUGGUACAAAUACCCCAUUAUAUAUUUAUAUACAUGUAAUCUAAAUGUGAUUGUUAUUAGAUUGCAUCAUACGGUAUUGAUGUAGUAUUUUUAUAAUGCAAUACAAAUGCAUAACGUUAUACACAAUUGAGUAUUUUUCGUUUCAACAUUCCAAGUUUUCUCUGUGAACUCUUGUUACAGUUGUGACUCGUUAUUGUUAUUGGUAUUGGACCCAGCUAUAACGGCUAUAACACGUAAUCAAGUCAUCCCAACAAACAUACAUAUUUUAUCAUCCAAUAAAGGCUGUGUUUUGUUCGGUUGUUCGGCACGUGUCUGGCCGGUGGUGGUUUUUACUUCCCCGGGGAGAUGACGAAAGGCCGAAAACGUGUCACCAAUAUCAAAAAUAAUAAUAGUAUAAAAAAACACAGUGAAACAUCAUCUGCUUACACGCAUCAAUAUCACAUUAAUAUCAAUAUUAUAAUCAAAUCCAUCGUCACGUUUUCCGGAGACGUGUUAAAUUAUUUAUGAAAUAUGUAUUAAGCAAAAGCCUAUAGCCACAAAAAUCGAUAUACCCAGCAUACAAAAUGGCAUGUGCAUAUUUAUUUAUAAUACAUACAUAAUGUUUCUUUUAUCAGAAACCAGUGAUUAUCUAUAAAGGAUUUAAAAAAUUUGUUAUUAUUUUUAGUUGCAAAAUUUUCAACAACGCGUCCUUAUUCUGUACACCACCAUAAAAAUAGUAGCAAUUCAGUACACAGCCAAGAUUUCUCAACGUUAAUUUCUUUAAUUACAUUUCAAAAUGUACUGCUUAAACUUAAGCAAAUUGAAAAUAAACAAUACACACAAUAAGCACACAUAUCGGAUACACUAACAACGACCGUUUUUUAACGAACUACAAAAGUUUAAAAUUUAAUUUUUGGGAACUUCAAUGAUUUUCAUGCAUUAAAAAUCGUAAAAACUGAAAGAAUAUCGUGAAGCAAUUUCUCAAACGAGAGCGUCAAACACUGUAUUUUUUUUAACACUAUACAAAAUCGUUUUUCUAAACUUUCAAUAUUUAUAGACACUUAUUCUUGUUAUCCGUCAUUAUAGUGUUUAAAAUUUAUAUCACGACAGCAUAAAUUAAAAAAUCUAUAGAAGUAUAGUUUCAAUUUUUAAUUUACACAACUAAAUACUUUUAUCAUAAUAAAUACGGAUAUACUUCGCACGUGGAUACUACGUAGUAGGAUGAAUGUUGGGAAGAUAGGAUACAGAAUUAAAUUGAAUGUAUUUCUGUAAGUAAUGAUAAACUAUUGCAAACAAAAAAACAAUUCUGAGCGGAUAGUCAACAAUACAUGUGUCAUGUUAUGGUAAAAUUAUAAAAAAGACACUAUUUUUUAAUAAUAUUUAUUUCAUAUUGUACCGAUUUUUCCAUUUUUCAUAUGUUUUUCCCACGUUUUUCUUAGUUUUUUGUCAUUUGCUGGGAAAACUUUUGGGAAAAUCGAAAAAUAGUCUUUAAAAAUACCUUUCAAAUCAGAUUUCCUUUCAAAAAAAGUACUUUUAUUGUAAAUCCGAGCCAAAUUGCUGAUAGAAAAGUUGUUCACAGGAAAAAAAGGCCGACAUUUUUUUGAACUAAUACUUACAUCCUGUGUUUUCUGGUUUUUUCAUUUGAUGAGAGCUCCUCCAAAAAUAAAAAACUGACCUCUUUAAAUUUAUUACUUAUUAGUUUUACUAUGAUGUGAGUUUUUUUUCCUUUCUGAAAACAACUUUUUAUCAAAACUACUGUUAUGUUUUUUAGAUAUAGCAUUUUUUCUGAAACACAAUUUGUAUUUAGUUGCUGCAUUAGGGAGAUUUUUUUGAUUUUCCUUUCAAUUUCAAAUAGUAAUCGGUAAAAACGGAUGAAAAACGGAAGAAUUUACGGAUAUAAUGGUUUCAGUAUUUUCGAUUAUGUUUUUUUUUCUUCCUUAAUUUGAUUAAAAAUAAUCUUCGAGACUUGAAAUUUUCUCAGAAUACUUUUAUUGGUCUUUUUUGGACAUGAUAAUAUUUAAAAAAUAUUCUGACAAAUUUUAAGCUACUAUUAGGACUUUAAAAUUGUCAAGCUUUUUUUUAUUUUUAUUUGGUUUUAUAUGUGAUUAAAAUCGUUGGUAAAAUUGGAAUAAAUAUAAUUUAAUUAUACAAUUGUCUAUUAGUGAGCAGAAAUAGUAGUUUAUUACUACUCAUGUUAAAUACUAUUAAAUUAGUUAAAAUGUAUUAUACUAAUUUUGAUUAGUGUCAUUUAAGUCCGAUUUUUUUAAUGUACUUAAACGAUCAAUAGUUUUAUUUUUAUAUCAUUUCCAAAUAUUUUAUUAUAUUACCUCGUUAUUUAUUAACCCUUUUCUUUAAAAUUUGAUAAUUUUAUUGUUUAUUGGAUUAAUAUUUAAAUUAGUUUCACUUUGAAUUUCAAUAAUUUUGUCAAUUAUUUAGGAUUAUCAGUAGAUUUACUGGCCCAUCAUUUUGGGAAAAUCGCUGUCUAAAUCAAUGUAAUUUUCUAAAAUAUAACCGAAAAAUAUAGAAAUAGUAGGCACUAACUUUUACACUAUGUUAUAUCGACAUAAGUUCACAAAAUCCAUUUGAAACUUAUUCAAAGGGUAAAUAACUCAUUCCAUAAAAACACUUCUCCAUUGAUCAAGUAGAAAUGAAUCGUUAAUCUCGUUAUUUAUUAAUUUAAAAAGAAAUUUUCUAUUGGUAAUAUUUCAGCGUGUUUUAGAAAUUCUAAGUUUAACAUUUUCAAAAUAUUUUUGUGUGGGGGAUUCUUGGGACUUACAAUUUUUAAGAUUAUAUUUUUCUACCAGAAAUCUUUGUCCAAAUUUAAAGAAUAGCAUAUCUUCCGAAAGGAAGAAAGUCGUUGUUCGAUUUUCCGAAUUUCUUCUAAUAACUACGGAAAACCGGGAAAAAACGUCGGAAAUAUGACAUUGGGUUUUUUGAUGUUAUUGAGUCAAAAAUUUUUAUUAAGAUCUGUAGUUUUCAGAAAAUAUUUAUAAUAACCUUUUUAUAGUCUUGGUAAAAUUGUUAAAACAUUCUAACUAUUUUUAGACAAUUUAUUAGUAUUUGAUAUUUUAUUGUGUUUAUGUGUAUUUUUAUUCUAUAGGUAUUUGUUAUUAAAAUUAUAUGACUUAAGAGAAAUUCUUGAAAAUUUAACAUAAGCUACAUUAUCAGUUGUCCUUAGUGAUUUAAAAACCAAAUUUGCGUUUAAUACCUUAAUUUUUUUUUUUUAUUUUGUAAAAAUUACGGAAUUUCAAAAUAUGUUUUACCUAACUUUGCUCCGAAUCGUUUUUCGUUAGCAAUGGUUUAGCUUUCCGUGCAGAUAUAAAUUAAAUAACUUUAAGUAUCAAACCUUCUCGACUUUCCACCUACAACAGUAGCUGCACCCAUUCCCAAUAUCCACUCGUUUUUAAUUUUUCAUUAGAUUUAUUAAAUAUAUUGUUUUCAGAUGGACUUUUUGCCAUGUGGUAUGUACUCUAUGGCAGAUUCCACCCUCCCUGACUCAGCCGCGGACGGGCAUCACGGUACACUGUCCAAAAAGAGGUGUGUAAAUAAAAUGUUUACUGACAUAAUAUUUUAAUCUUCUUCUUUGUCCACAUCUCCCUUUAUCAAUCACAAUCUCCUUAUUUACUCCUUCGCAUGCUCAUAUCCACCCUGAUAAUUUAUAAUAAUAAGUAAUAACAUUAAUGACUAGUAGUGAUAGGCACUACCGAAUAUAAACUAACGAAUAGUUCGAAUAGAUUAUUGUUUAUACAUGACCGAUGACCGAAUAAUUCGAACUAUCAAAUAGUUUUUCCGAUUUUUCGAUUAUCGAAUAAUUCCUGAUUAUGUUAUACAGUUUUUCGACUAUUGAAUAGAUUUUUCACUAUCGAAUAUUCUGGUAGUCAACAACUAUCGAACAGUCACUUGUCACUGGCGGCUGUGACGGUAACCCGCGACAAUCCGAUUAUAAGAUAUACUUAAAAUAUGAUUAUCUUUUCGCAAUAUUGUAUAUGAGAACUAUUAAAUUGCGUUUACACUAGGAAUUAAAAUACUACUUAGCCGAGUAAAUAAAGCAAGUUUCUAAGUCGAUUACUAAAUUGCAUCUAGUUACUAGUUUACUAUACACGGUAUAAUAAAAUAACAAGUUAUUCAUUCUAAUGAUGUAUUUAAGCGGGCUGUUUCAUCUACAAUUUUAGGCGACAGUGGUGUCUAUAUUGGAUUAGUAGAUAAGCGAGUGCUAGGGGAAAUGUCCACUAGGUCAAAAACUAGUUAUUUUUUAGUUAUUCGACUUAAAUCUUUACUAGAAUCUAUACUGGUAUUAUUAAUAAAUAAUAUGUCUACAUUUCUCAAGCAAAAAAAAGUUGCCGAGUUGCUUUAGUAACUCGGUCGAGUACUAUCUUCGUGUAAACUCGGCAUUAAAUUUUAUUACUACAUACGUAGUCCGAAUUUCCGCCAAUAAUAACAAUCGGACAACGUUUCAAUCAAUUAUAGUGCAGCUAUAUAAUCAAAUUCGUCUUUUCUGUACCAAUAUCUCGCGUCUUGUCGAUUUCAACUCUUUUUUCUUUGCCCUAUAGGCUUCCAUCCAUCAUCCGGCUUAUCUAAUAUUUUAUCUAUUUAACGCGGACAUGAUAGAUACGCUUAUCAAACCAUAAUGCAAUUCCAUGUUUUCAAUAUAGUCGCGAAAAAAACAUAGUUCCCGGGAUGGCAACACUAACCCGGGAAGAACGGCGGAGAAGACGACGGGCGACCCAAAAAUAUAGGAUGGCGCACGCUACUCGCGAACGGGUCAGAGUCGAAGCAUUCAACGUUGCGUUCGGUGAACUACGUAAACUCUUGCCUACUAUACCACCCGAUAAAAAGCUAUCGAAAAUCGAAAUAUUGAGGCUAGCGAUUUGUUAUAUCAUGUAUUUAAAUCAAUUUUUGGAGGCGUAGGUGGUUUGCUUUUUAUAUAGAACACAGGUAUAAUAAUAUUAUGGUUGUGUAUACAAACGUUAAAUACGCAAUUAUUUAAAAUUGUAAAAUAAACUGUUGUCGAUAAAAGAUAGUUUGCUAUUAUAUAAUUGCCUAGCAAUAAUUUUCUAAAAAUCUCCCAAUAAUUAAAAAAAAAUUGUAAACACAAUAUACACCUACUGUAGCUGCGAUUUAAUUUAAAUAAUUUAUUUGCAUUUCUCUGUAUAUAAUAGGAGUAAAUUAUAAUUAUAUUGUUACAACUUAAUUUUAUCUUUCAUACACCG